AUGGCUGAUCUAGACAGCGACUACUCCAAUUUCCGUCGCCGUUGUGCAAGGGUCAAACGGAAAGCCGACGCCAUGGAGUCCGACGGAAACGUACAAGAACAGCGUAUCGCCGAACUAGUCGAAGUCGUCCCCGACGGCGAUGUUCUCUUCCAAGUCGGUAGGGGCAAGGGCGCCCUUGACAUCAAGGUGUCUGGAACAGUUGUCAGCCUCGCCUCGGAGGUGUUCUCGCGCAUGUUGUCAUCAUCGUUCAUCGAAGGAAGAACCAAGGUCAUUUGCUUGCCAGAGGAUGACCCAAAAAUCAUCUUGAACCUCCUCAAGAUAUUCCACCACAAAUACGAAGAUGUCGAUCAUCUCAAAAAGACGGAUCUGCUCAAGCUGAUAACGGCCGCUGAAAUGCGACUAUGCAUUCCAACAUUGAAGCCGUGUGUUUUGACCAGGCUUUCCAGUGUCAUUGGAGAAAUUGACAUAAUUUCUCUGGCAUACUGGAACAAUAUUUACAAUGCUGAGAUCUGGAGAACGCAGCUCGACAAUGACAGGAUGGAGCUUCUAUAUGCAGCCGUCGUGUUCCGUCUCGAGAGCUUAUUUUGGAAAACGACAAGGGUUCUGAUCUUUUCAGAGGAUUUCCUUUUUUGCGUAAUCGUGAGGAUGCUAGCGAAGCUGAAAAUUGCUGUGAAAUCUCAUGAAGACAUGUCAGACGCAGUGUCAAUCGCGAUUCCUGUCGACAAUAUUCGCAUGCCUGGCAAGAAAAAUUCCCCUCAAGGAAACCGCACCCACUUGCCAAUCCAACAAGUACGGGUAUUUGAUGCUUCAAUUAAAGCAUCAAGGGAUUACACCCGAAAUAGGGGCAUCAUGCGCGCCAACGGUGCGGACGAUGGCAUACAACGUGCGAGCCGUAGCUGCAAGUCUCACCAGCAACAACGCUACCUGGAAAAGUCUGAAGGGGGAAGCAUGUACCCACAAUUGUAG